GGCAGCGGGCUGAGUGAGCUGCCGCUGCCGCCGCCGCUGCCGCCGCCGGGGGAGGGGCGGCCGCCGCCCGCCUGCGCUCAGAGACUCACGCAGCCCUAGUCCCGCCAGUCCGCCAACACAGUAGUGCCGGCCCCCCUCCGCCCCUGGCCCUCCCCCUCCCCGCCUUGGGCUCGCUCCGCCUUUCUGCCCCCCACCCCCACCUCACGGGUACGGGCCAUUCCCGGCCAGGAAACGCCGUGGCGCCGCGUUGGGCCUAACUCGAGUCUCGCUGCCUCCCGGGAGUGCCGUGCGCCGCAGCCCGGGCCCAGGCCCCGGCAGCGCCUGGGUCAAGGAUUCCUCAUGUCCGUAACAUGUUGGCUGAGGCUCUGCAGCUCACCCCCACUCUUUGAGUGGUCAGUCUCCAUUAAUUGGACCCCGUGAUUUCCACCCUCUGCUGUCUUGGACGUCAUGAGCAUUGCAAUCCCUCUGGGAGUCACCACACCAGAUACAUCCUACUCAGAUAUGGCUGCUGGAUCAGAAAAGGAAGUGGAAGCCCCCUACCUUUCAAGACGAAGUGGCACUACACCAGGAUGUGAAAGUCCAGCGAAAGAGACCCAAGGGGCCUAGGGGGCAGCACACCCCCAGAAGCCAAGUCUAUUCCAGGCAGUACCAGGGAUUAGGGUCUGGGCUGGAAAAAUCCUGGUGUUUUGAAUAUGUUCAGGUCCAGUUCAGACUCUUGAUCCCACAGCCACUUCUUGAGUGAGACUUGCACAUGAAGUGCAUAUGUACAUAUUUACCCAGUUUGGAGAUGGGUAAGAUAUAACCAACAUAGCUCCAUCUCCAUGGCCAUCUUUUAUUUCAUGCAACUUUUAUUUUUUCCUGUCCCACAAAAAAAUUCAUUUCUAAUAAACUCUCUUAUUUCACCCCAUGUGUUUAAUGGUAUAAAAUCUCCUACCUAAAAAUAUGUACAACCCUUUGGAUGGAUUACUUAUUUAGUAACAUACAUAGUCAAUAACAAUGUAUAAAUCCAUUGCUUUCUUUUAACUGUCCAUCACAGAAACUAAAUUCUACCUUCAUUUUAUUAAUGCUUGUCUGCCUUUGGUUUCAUUUAGGAAACCCUACCUGUACUCCCCCAGUUGCCUCAGUGACCCAUGUUCAGAUCAUCCUUUUCUCAAGAAUACUGACCUGCAUUCUUGAUAUAUUUCCCUCCCAGCCACUCCCACUGCCAGUUCCCAUUUUGAAGACCCUGUCAAUUACUAAAGUGCAUGCACCUCACUAACAGAGAAUACUUCCCUCUGUCUUAAGUCCCUCACCUAGAAAUGACCUUUGCUGUUAUUAAUAAGACCCCUUCUCACAGUUGUGGAGCAUAAAACUAGGGUAUCCUGUCUUGGUAGUGAAUGGAAGAGGGCCUGGUCCCUGGGGCAGUGCAGAAGGCACUUUCAUCAUCUCACUCACUGCAAAUGUCAUGUGAGGUUUCAUGGAAGUAUUAAGAGAUCCAAUUAAGAAGAAUAGUUCUGAGUCUAAACCAGCCCAGAGUGGCUUCUCUAGGGGAAACUCCCCGCUCUGCUGCCCUGAAUCUGUGGAGGCUAGUCCAGCAGUUAAUGAGAAGAGCGUGUAUUCCACUCAUAAUUAUGGGACCACUCAGAGGCAUGGGUGUCGAGGACUGCCUUAUGCUGAUCAUAAUUACGGAGCCCCUCCUCCUCCGACACCUCCUGCUUCUCCCCCUGUCCAGACGAUCAUCCCUCGUUCUGACCUGAAUGGCCUGCCGUCGCCCGUAGAGGAACGCUGUGGAGACAGCCCGAACUCUGAAGGAGAGACUGUUCCUACCUGGUGUCCUUGUGGUCUUUCUCAGGAUGGCUUCCUUCUCAACUGUGACAAGUGCAGGGGAAUGAGCAGGGGGAAGGUUAUUAGACUUCAUCGGCGGAAGCAGGACAACAUAUCAGGUGGGGAUAGCAGUGCAACAGAAAGCUGGGAUGAGGAGCUUUCUCCUUCCACUGUGUUGUACACAGCAACACAGCACACACCUACAAGCAUCACCUUAACUGUUAGAAGAACCAAACCCAAGAAGCGGAAAAAGAGUCCAGAAAAGGGUCGUGCAGCACCAAAGACGAAGAAGAUUAAGGCAUUUCGAGAGGGAUCCCGGAAGUCCUUGCGGAUGAAGAAUUCUCCCUCUGAAGCACAGAAUUUAGAUGAAAAUACCACUGAGGGCUGGGAAAAUCGGAUAAGACUAUGGACUGAUGAGUAUGAAGAAGCUUUUACUAAUCAGUACAGUGCGGAUGUACAGAAUGCCCUUGAGCAACAUCUACAUUCUAACAAGGAAUUUGUGGGCAAACCUGCUGUUUUAGACACUAUAAAUAAGACUGAACUGGCCUGUAAUAAUACAGUAAUUGGUUCCCAAAUGCAGUUACAGCUGGGGAGAGUCACUCGUGUUCAAAAGCACCGGAAAAUCCUGAGGGCUGCAAGAGAUUUGGCCUUAGACACUCUUAUAAUAGAAUAUCGUGGGAAAGUCAUGUUACGACAACAAUUUGAGGUCAAUGGGCAUUUCUUCAAAAAACCAUAUCCCUUUGUGCUCUUCUACUCAAAAUUCAAUGGUGUAGAGAUGUGUGUGGAUGCUCGUACUUUCGGUAAUGAUGCUCGGUUCAUCAGAAGAUCAUGUACACCAAAUGCAGAGGUGAGACACAUGAUUGCAGAUGGGAUGAUUCACCUGUGUAUCUAUGCUGUAUCGGCGAUCACCAAGGAUGCUGAAGUCACCAUUGCAUUUGAUUAUGAAUAUAGUAACUGUAAUUACAAAGUGGACUGUGCGUGUCACAAGGGAAACCGGAACUGCCCUAUACAGAAAAGAAAUCCCAAUGCUGCAGAAUUGCCGCUCCCACCGCCUCCUAGCUUUCCCACCAUUGGAGCAGAAACCAGACGUAGAAAGGCACGGCGGAAAGAGCUGGAAAUGGAGCAACAAAAUGAGGCUCCAGAAGAGAAUCAUAACCCACAACCACAAGAAGUUCCAGAAAAAGUAACUGUUUCCAGUGAGCAUGAGGAAGUUGACAAUCCAGAAGAAAAACCUGAAGAAGAAGAAGAGGAAGAGGAAGAAGAAAAAGAUGAGGCUACAGAUGACCAGGAGAACCCAGCUCAUAGCAGGAGGACUCGGGAAGAUAGGAAGGUUGAAGCCAUCAUGCAUGCCUUUGAAAAUUUAGAAAAAAGAAAGAAACGGCGGGAUCAGCCUGUAGAACAGAGCAACUCAGACAUAGAGAUUACUACCAGCAGUUCAGAGACAGCCAUUGGAGAAGAGACAAAAACUGCAACUGCUGAGUCUGAAGCUAGCAACCCCAUCUCAAAUAUUGCCAUCCCAAGCACCCCACAGAGCACUGGUGUGAAUACAAGGAGGUCUUCCCACACUGGGGAUGUAGCUGCAGAGAAACCAAUCCCCAAACCACCUCCAGCUAAGCCUUCUAGACCCCGACCCAAGAGUCGGAUUUCUCGGUACCGGACCAGUUCAGCCCAAAGACUAAAACGCCAGAAGCAGGCCAAUGCACAACAGGCAGAGCUUUCACAAGCUGCCUUGGAUGAAGGAGGAAGUAACAACUUAGUAACUCCUCCUGAAGCUGGAAAUAUAGACAGUUCAGGAGAGAACAGACAGUUGACGGGGUCUGACCCAACUGUGGUAUCAGCUACUGGAUCGCAUGUCAUCCGUGCUGCAUCUAAAUACCCCAAAACCAAAAAGUAUCUAGUUACAGAAUGGUUGAAUGACAAAGCAGAGAAGCAAGAGUGUCCUGUUGAGUGUCCUUUACGUAUCACCACUGACCCAACUGUAUUGGCAACAACCCUGAACAUGCUACCGGGUCUUAUUCAUUCCCCAUUAAUUUGUACCACCCCCAAACACUACAUUCGCUUUGGCUCACCCUUUAUGCCUGAGAGGCGUCGAAGGCCCCUUCUGCCUGAUGGCACAUUCAGCUCCUGUAAAAAGCGCUGGAUAAAGCAAGCCUUGGAAGAAGGGAUGACUCAGACAUCAUCUGUGCCCCAAGAGACUAGAACACAGCACCUAUACCAAAGUAAUGAGAAUAGUAAUUCUUCUAGUAUCUGUAAAGACAAUGCAGACUUAUUGAGCCCAUUAAAGAAAUGGAAGUCUCGCUAUCUGAUGGAGCAGAAUAUCACCAAGUUGCUUCGGCCUCUGUCUCCAGUUACACCACCCCCUUCCAGCUCAGGCUCAAAGAGUCCCCAGCUGUCCACACCUGGCCAGACUCACCCAGGAGAAGAGGAGUGUCGAAAUGGAUACAGCCUCAUGUUCUCGCCAAUCACAUCUCUUACUACUGCUAGUCGUUCCAACACUCCUCUGCAGUUCGAGCUUUGCCACCGAAAAGACCUGGAUUUGUCAAAAGUGGGAUACCCAGACUCUAGCACUCACAGCUGUGCUGAUAGACCUUCCCUGCUCAACUGCAGUCAUCCUGACCUGGCUUCUCAUCCCUCUGUCGCUCCAACCUCAGAGGCUGGCUUCCCCAACAGGAGUGGAGAUGGCUCUCAGACCUUGCUGAGAAAUUCAGACCAGGCGUUUAGGACAGAGUUCAACUUGAUGUACGCCUAUUCCCCUUUGAACGCUAUGCCUCGAGCAGAUGGACUGUAUAGAGGGUCCCCCUUGGUGGGGGACAGGAAGCCUUUGCAUUUAGAUGGAGGAUAUUGUUCCCCUGCAGAAGGCUUUUCCAGCAGAUAUGAACAUGGCUUUCUGAAAGACCUCUCUCGUGGCUCCAUGUCACCUGGUGGUGAAAGGGCCUGUGACGGAGUCCCAUCUGCUCCUCAGAACCCACCACAAAGGAAAAAAGUAUCCUUGCUAGAGUACCGCAAACGGAAACAAGAAGCCAAGGAGAAUUCUGGUGGGGGAAGUGACUCUUCACAGAGCAAAAGCAAGUCUGCAGGAGCUGGACAAGGCAGCAGUAACUCUGUUUCUGAUGCUGCUGCCCAUGGUGUGCAGGGAUCCUCAGCCCGGACCCCCUCGUCCCCUCACAAAAAAUUCUCCCCAUCUCAUUCCUCCACAUCACAUUUGGAGGCGGUAAGCCCAUCAGAUUCCAGGGGCACUUCCUCCUCUCACUGCAGACCUCAAGAAAACAUCAGCAGUAGGUGGAUGGUUCCUACAUCUGUUGAACGACUCCGAGAAGGAGGAAGCAUCCCUAAGGUUCUCCGAAGCAGUGUGAGAGUGGCCCAAAAGGGAGAGCCCUCCCCCACAUGGGAGAGCAACAUGACAGAGAAAGAGUCAGACCCUGCAGAUGGAGAAGGCCCAGAGCCGUUGAGCUCAGCACUCUCUAAAGGAGCAACUGUUUACAGCCCUUCCAGAUACAGCUACCAGCUCCUCCAGUGUGACAGUCCACGGACAGAAUCACAAAGCCUCCUUCAGCAGAGUUCGUCCCCCUUUAGAGGACAUCCCACCCAGUCUCCAGGAUACAGUUAUCGAACUACUGCACUGAGACCUGGAAACCCCCCCUCUCACGGUUCUUCAGAAUCAUCCCUCUCUUCCACAUCCUACCCCAGCCCUGCCCACCCUGUGUCCACAGACUCGUUGGCCCCAUUUACGGGGACUGCAGGGUAUUAUAGCAGCCAGCCGCAUUCUGGAAACAGCACUGGCAGCAAUCUUCCGAGGAGGAGCUGUUCUUCGAGUGCUGCUAGCCCUACCCCACAGGGCCCCUCAGACUCACCAACCUCAGACUCGGUUUCUCAGCCCAGCACAGGAACGCUGAGUUCCACCUCCUUUCCUCAGAACUCUAGGUCGUCAUUGCCAUCAGACUUACGGACUAUCAGUCUGCCCAGUGCUGGGCAGUCAGCUGCCUACCAGGCCUCCAGGGUAUCUGCGGUUUCCAAUUCACAGCACUACCCACAUCGUGGGAGUGGGAGUGUACACCAGUACCGACUCCAGCCACUGCAAGGGUCAGGAGUCAAGACUCAGACAGGACUUUCCUAGGGCUUCUGGAUAUGGGCAAACUGAACUUGAUGAGCCCAUAGCUGCUUCCUUCCAGCUGCCUCUGGAACCAAGGCCGAGCAUAUUGCUGGGGAAGAGGGGUACAAGGUGCCAGAGGAAUGGGUCUGGUCAGCAAGAAAUGAGACUUGUGGUCGUGACUGGCCUCCGGCCUUGGAGAAAGAUGUAAAUCUUGUCUGAAGCAGAGACUAUAAAGAAGUUUCUCCCUGCUGUUAAGGGUACAUUGUUAACAAGCAAAUGGUGUUUCGGUUAGUAACGGUUCUAAGUGCAAUGACUUGUGUUGAAGCCUAUGUCUCCCAUCCUUGCCUGUAGCCUGUAGUCACUUGUGCAGUAAGGACAUCUUUUUCAAUAAAAAAAAAUUUUUUUUUCUUUUCAAAAGAAAAAAGUGGAAAGAGCCAAUCUCAAAGCCCCAAGCCAUCUGAGUAGUGUUAGGGUUUUAUGCACUUAAGAAAAAAAAAAAAGGUAGGUAUGUAAAUGUUUGCUGUGAGACAACCAUUCCAAAAGCAGGUGCAUGGUCAAGGUGUGUCCACCAGGAGUGCUCCCUACCUUUGUCUUAAAGCCACUAGGAAAUGGGCAGAGAGAGGAAUGCUUGCCACUUAUUCUGACUGAGGCUUGCCUGGCUUUGAGAGGAGCUGGUGGUCAGCUCUUGGUUAUUUGGGAGCAGAUGUGGGAUGGAUUGGGCGCCAGCUGUUACCAUCCCAUUCCUCCUUCCCACAUUUCAGUGGGUUAACAAUAGCCCUAUGAAGUAAGCGGAGAAGGAGGCGGGCCAGUUUAGGAAGGAUCCAGUGGUCUGGGGAACCUUUGAAUUUUAAUUUUCCUAUUCCCAGUUCAUCAGGAGUUGCUGUCCUAAGAACAGGACUGCCUCCGUGACUGAGAAGCAUGCACUUAUGACUGCAGGGUAAGAAUGGGGCAGAUAGGGUUGUAGAGUGGCACCGACAGGGCUGUGAUUGUGUGUGGGGUCUGCCCCACGUUUCUUUAGGGGAUGCUUACACGAGAGUGGGCAGGUGAGAGUUAACAAGUCACCCAUACCCCUAACAUUGUUCUGGAUGAGAGACAAGAGCAGACUGGCUUCUCCCCAUCAGUGCAUUGUGCCUGUUGUACACCCCUGGAGGAGCCCUGGAGCCAGCCCAGGUGGGGUACACAAUCUUUUUAAAUUCCAUAUGGUUGCCAGCUUAUUUCUUUCACUUGUUUACUGUAAUACCUGGCGUGUUUUUAUUUAUCUAAUUUUGUAUUCAGCUAUAACCAUGGUAGGGUAGUGAGUGUAUGACAGUGUGAUCCCUGGUGCUGCAGUGGACCGGACUUCUUUUGGACAAGAUAUACUGUGAGUCUCCCUCCUUACCUCUAAUCUGUUUUCUUUCCCAUUCCCCAGCCUCUUUCAUCUCCUUUUCUACCCUGAACUACAACUAUCAUAUGCACAGUCUUCUCUCUUUGUGUGUGACUGUUACAAAAUUUCACUUUUCAAAAUUGAAAUCAGGUGUUUGCUCAAAUGAGGGGAGAUUUUCUGUUUUGGUUUUAGUUUUUUGUUUUGUUUUGUUUUUAAUGCUGAACCCUCAGCAUAAUACUUUUCUUUUUGUUGUUUUCCCCACAAACCCAUCAGUCUGGGAGAGCAUUGGGAGUGGAAAUCAUGUUGCCUGGGAUGCCGGUUUCUUUGUAUAUUAUAUAAAACGUAUGUAAAUGUCUCUCCAUUUGGGCUGGGGUUUGCAUUCUCCCUUUGGCUAAAAGCUAAGGGGAGAGGCCAGCGGGCAGGCGGCCCUCACCCUGCCUGGCACGUGCAGAGACCCCAGCCACUCUGUGUGGGCAGGGUGCUGUCAAGACCAGACCUCUGGGGGGGAGGGUGGGGGGAGGGGGGACUCUUGGAAGGGAAGGAGCAUCGCUUCUUCCUCAAGUGGAGUGUUUACACCUUGCUGUAACAUUUGAACUUUCACAAGAGAUGUAAUAAUUUUGAUAAUAAAAUUCUUAACCAUAAAUCAUCAUAAUGUUGAGAAUGUGUUUGUUCUAGAACAUCACUUUCCCUGAUUUAACCUUACUGACCAAGUACAAAAUGAACCCAUGUCCAGAAGAGUUGCUAUCAGUGGAUUUGGGCCUAUGGUGUGGCCAAAAAUCCUAAUUCAUCUUCCUCAGGCCAUCUGUGAUUGAUAUCAGGGCAUUGUUAGUGCAAAUCUACAGUAUUGGAAGUGUCCCUAGUGUCUAUCAUUUACUUGGGAGUUAAACAUUGGUGUCUCUUAUUUAAAGGCAAUACCAGACAUUAUUUGUGGUACUAAGUGAAUUGUGCUGAUUAAAAUGGAAAUGAGUCGGAACAAAGCAGGUAUCUCUUCUCCCCUAGAGCUUAUGUCCUAGGGGAGAGAGAAACCAGUGUGUGAUUUUAAAGUUCAUUACCAUGUUAUUGCACCAUUUUCACCAUGAUGGCACCAGAAGUGUAAAAAUGGAAGCUCUUGCCCUUUCCAAACCCCAAUAACAGCUUUGGAGACCCAAAUAAACAAACCACUUGUCACCUGCCUUUCAGCAGCCCAAGACACUGACUCCAGAAGCACCUCAAAUAGCCUUAGAAGAACACCUCAGGAAAACAAUCAAUCAUGCUCCCUCGCCACUGAGCGGUCAUGAAAAAGAGACAGCACUUGUCUUCAAUGGCAAGUGUCAAGCCUGUAAACACCAGGUAAGACUGAUUGUGAAGCAGCUCUACGCCCUUGAUCUGCCCAAGGUCAGUGUCCUAACUUAACUAGGCCAAUGGGCAAGGCAUAUAUAUAUACUCAACUGGUUUCUGACAACAGUGCUGGUAGACGGUGCCAGCAAAGUUGGGUUCAUCUAAGCCCUUGUAUGUUGCAUGUAUCCCAGGGUAGCUAUGAAUAUGGCCCAACACAAUUGUAAACCACAGUGUCGCUGCAGUGUCGAAAGGUUGAUACCUCUAAAAAGCUAGGUCAUUUGAGAUAUAUGCUUUCUCAACCAUUAUAAAGGAAAACAACUCAGUGCUACUGUUUUCAGGACAGAUGUCUAGAGUGGUUGAAAGAGCCUCUUUGGUUUGUUUGGUCAGGAAAAGUCCAAGAGUUGACACUGAAACUGAGACCUUGGUGAUGAUGAGGGAGUCAUUGGCUAGUGCUAAUUAUUUCAGGAAGUGUAAACUCCAUUAGAAAAAGCUUGGUUGAGACGGAGCUAGGAGGUUAGCUGAAGAUCCAGUGAUAGAAUUGAGGAGAUGGGGUGAGCCAUGUCAUCUGUUGUCUUACUCAGCUCUUUGGAACUGUAAAAAAGCAACUGUAGACAGUAUGUGACCCUAGGAAAGGCAUCUCCAGAAAUAGGUAGGUGGAAGAAGGUUAGAUUUGGCCUGUAGGCUGUAGUUUGUGAUCCCUAAAUGGAAGUCUUAAAGUGUCCACAUUCUAAGCAAUGUGGAGAAUCCACAAGAUUUCAAGCAGAAAAGUGGCAUGAUCUACUAGAUGGUUGCUGUUUUCUUAAAAUUAUUCUAUUUAACAUUGUCUUGAUGCUGUUGAGGGAAAAAUUAAUAGAAACUGAAAAAAACAGUUUCCGGCCAUUAACAAUUAUUCAGGCAAACAGUGCGAUGGCAGUUGUGAUGGCUAUUCUUGGUUGUCACUUUGUGUACAUCUGGGAUUAACUAAAAUCUAUAAAUGGAAAGCAUACCUGUGGAAGAUUUUUUUGCUUAAUUUGAAGUAGGAAGAUCCACUUCUAACCUAGAUCUUUGAGGUAGGAAGAUAUGUCUUUAAUCCUGAUCUUUUGAGCUGAGAAAAGACAUGCCUUUAAUCUAGAACUUGAGGUGGGAAGAAACAUCUUUAAUCUAGGCCACACAUUCUGUUGGGAACCUAUAUAAGAACAGGGAAGAAGGAAGCUUAUGCUUUGCCUGCUUGCCUUCGCCUUGCUAGCAAGUCCAUCCCUUCAUUGGCAUUAGAGCCUACUUCUUCAAGAUUCCAGUGUCUACUGAAGACCCACUGAGACAUCCAGCUUUAUGAAUUGAGCAACUGCUGGAUUCUUGGAACUUCCAUUCACACCCAGCUGCUGUGGGAUGUUCUGUAUGCUGUGAAUGUGUUGUUCUGAUUGAUUGAUUGAUUGAUAAAUAAAAUGCUAUUUAUAAGUAAAAUGCCAGUAGCCAGGCAGGAAGUAUAGUAUAGGCGGGAUAAGCAGAGAGGAGAGUUCUGGGAACAGGAAGGCUGAGUCGGGAGUCACCAGCCAGAGACAGGAAGCAUGAUGUGAAAGUACCGGUAAGCCACAAGCCAUGUGGCAACUUAUAGAUUGAUAGAAAUGAGUUAAUUUAAGAUAUAAGGACUAGAUAGCAAGGAGUCUGCCACGGCCAAACAGUUAAUUUAAGAUAUAAGGACUAGAUAGCAAGGAGUCUGCCACGGCCAAACAGUUUAUAAGUAAUAUAAGUCUCUGUGUGUUUACUUGGGUCUGAGCGGCUGAGGGCCCAGGUGGGACUGGAGAAAAACUCCAGCUAUACCCCGCCAUUGUUGGAUUAGCUGGACAGCAGCCUGUAAGUCAUUCUAAUAAAUCCCCUUUCUAUAUAUAUAUAUAUAGAGAGAGAGAGAUUCAUUCUUAAAAGUUGUGUUACUUUAGAGAGCCCUGACUCAUACAGCAGCCUUCUAUUAAAAUGUCAAUGCUAUAGAUGAAAAGUGGCUGAAAUCAGUUAUGUUUUACAGUUAACAGCAGAAUUUAUCAAUGGAUUGAUAAACUUGAUUUGCAGAAGUUUACUCAGUAUCUCUAACCAACUAUGUUUUGCUGAGUGUGAAAGGUAUCAAACGUGGUGUACUGGAUGGUUUUGUGUCAACUUGACACAAACUGGAGUCAUCAGAGAGGAAGGAGCCUCAGUUGAGGAAAUGCCUCCAUGAGAUCCAGCUGUAAGGCAUUUUCUCAACUAGUGAUCAAUGGGGGAGGGCCCAGCCCACUGUGGGUGGUACCAUCCCUGGGCUAGUGGUCCUGGGUUCUAUAAGAGAGUAGGCUGAGCAGGCCAUGGGAAAUAAGCCAGUAAGCAGCACCCCUUCAUGGCCUUUGCAUCAGCUUGUCCCUCCAGGAUCCUACCUUGUUUGUGUUCCUGUCUUGACUCCUUCAGUGAUGAACAGUGAUACAGAAAUGUAACCCAAAUAAACCCUUUCCUCACCAACUUGCUUUUUGGUCAUGUUUUGUUGCAGUAAUAGAAACCCUAAGACACAUGGUAACAGUAUUGUAACUAAAGUAAAGCACUCAGAAGGUAAAUGUGGUGGUUUGAAAGAAAAUGGCCCCCAAAGGGAAUGGCACUUUAGGAUGUGUGGCCUUGUUAGAAUAGAUGUGGUCUUGUUGGAGGAAAUCUAUCAAUGUGGAGGUGGGCUGUGAGGUCUCAUAUAUGCUCAAUCCCUGCCCAGUGUCUCAGCAGUUCCUGUUGCCUGCAAGAUGUAGGACUCUUCAGCUACUUCUCCAGCACCAUGUCUACCUGGACGCACCAUGCCCCACCAUGAUGAUAAUGGACUGAACCUCUGAACUGUAAAUGAGUCACCCCAAUUAAAUGUUUUCCUUUAUAAGAGUUGCCGUGGUCAUGGUGUCUCUUAACAGUAAUAGAAACCCUAAGACAGUAAGGAUUCCUACUGCAUUUUGGAGAGGAUACUCUAGGAAUAUCUAGAAAACCUGUCACCAUCUACCACCUAAUUCUGCCUAAGGUAAGAGGAAAAAUGGGUUACAUGAUCCUCUUUUAAAAACACGAGUUUUAGCCGGGUGGUGGUGGUGCACGCCUUUAAUCCCAGCACUCGGGAGGCAGAGGCAGGUGGAUCUCUGUGAGUUUGAGGCCAGCCUGGUCUACAGAGUGAGAUCCAGGAAAGGCACAAAGCUACACAGAGAAACCCUGUCUCGAAAAACCAAAAAUAAAUAAAUAAAAACACGAGUUUUUAGCAGGCCUGGUGGUGCAUGCCUUUAAUCCUAGCACUGUGAAGCAGAGGCAGUCGGAACUCUGAAUUCAAGGCCAAUCUGGUAUACAGAUUGGAACUCUGUGAAUUCAAGGUCAGCCUGGUCUACAGAUCGAGUUCCAGGACAGCCAAAGCUGUUAAACAGAGAAACCCUGUCUUGAAAAACUAAAAAAUAAAUGAGUGAGUGAAUGAAUGAAUGAAUGAAUGAAUGAAUAAAAUAAAAACCAGGUGUUUUUAGCUGGGCUGUGGUGACGCAUGCCUUUAAUCCCAGCAUUUGGGAGGCAGAAGCAGGAGGAUCUCUAUAAAGUCAAGGCCAGCCUGAUCUAAAGAUUGAGUUCCAGGACAGCUGAGGCUACCCAGAGAAACCCUGUCUUGAAAAAAAAAAAACAACAACAACAACAACAAACCAAGUGUUUUUGUGUUCAUUGUAACAUUUGUCAUAAUUUUGUGAGGGAAUCAAGCCAGACACUGGAAGGUGAAGAUGAGAACUGAGAUGCAAUGUUGAGGCGCGUUUUAUGGCUUCUGAUAGUGAGUAAACAUGUUUCCUACCGGAUGUGAAGGAUGGUUUUUCUUAAUCAUUGACAGCUCACCUGUAUGCAAAAUAGGAAGGUACAACAGUUAACUGCUUGUUGGGAAUUAGUGUAUUUGCUAUCAUCAAGUGCCAGCUAUGUUACUGAAGGUUUAGUUUUUCUUGUGGAAGUUGAAGCUGAGCAUUUUAAGAGUGUAUGUGGUGGGGGCGGGGGGAGGGAGGAAGUUUGUGUGUAUAUUUGGUUUUGUCUUUUCAAGACAGAGUUUCUCUGUAUAACAGCUUUGGCUGUCUGGAACUCACUUUGUAGAGUAGGCUGGUCUCAAACUCACAGAGAUCUAUCUGCCUCUGCCUCUACUUCCUGGGUGCUGGAAUUAAAGGUGUGCACCACCACCACCGGGCUUCAGUCUAUAUUUUUAAUAACUGACAAACAUGCCAAAAAGGAGAGUACCCUCGAACUUGAGAGAGAAACUUGGGUUAUAAUGCCUCCUUUCUCUGAGUGUAAGCAAACUUAACGCCUCUAAAAAGGAGUAGCAGGAGGAACUGGAGAGAUGGCGCAGAGGUUCUUCUGGAGACGGAGUUCAAUUCUCAGCACCCAUAUAGUGGCACACAACUGUUUUGUGGAAUAUUAUUUUAACUGGGCAAUGAUGUGUUACAUUUGUUUAUGCUGUAGACUAUUACUUUAACUGUGUAAAGGUGUGUUACAUUUGUUUAUGCUGCAGAAUAUUACUUUAACUGUGUAAAGUUGUGUUACAUUUGUUUAUGCUGCAGAAUAUUUAACUGUGUAAAGGUGUGUUACAUUUGUUUAUGCUGCAGAAUAUUACUUUAACUGUGUAAAGUUGUGUUACAUUUGUUUAUGCUGCAGAAUAUUUAACUGUAUAAAGGUGUGUUACAUUUGUUUAUGCUGCCUUUGUUUAAUUAUGUAAAGAUGUGUUGCAUUUGUUUCACCUUGCCUGCCUAAGGCACCUGAUGGUCUAAUAAAAAGCUGAAUAGCCUUGUACUGCA